UUGUUGGGCUCUGGCAACUUCUGUAAUGUUUAUAAGGGAGUUUACAAAAGAACUGGUGAAGCACAUGACGUCGCUAUAAAAAUUUGUCACAAUGGUAGAAGAGGUGACAACGUUGUGGAAGAUAGAAAAAAUGCUCAAAAGGCUAUGACGAGUGAGGCUGAGGUUAUGAGUUAUUAUGUACAUAAUCAUAUCAUUCAAUUCUAUGGACUAGCUUGUGAUCAUCCUCCGAUUUUAAUCGUUAUGGAAUACUGCCCAGGUGGAAGUUUGGAUAAACUGUUGAAGAAAGAGAAAGAGAACAUAAGUAUGGCAGAACGUAUAAUUUAUUCAUUAGAGGCUGCUAGGGGUAUGAGGUAUCUGCAUUCGAAACACUGCAUUCACAGAGAUUUGGCUGCUCGCAACUGUCUGAUAUCUUCUAAUGGUUAUAUCAAAAUCGCCGACUUCGGAUUGUCGAAGAUUGUUGGUAAUGAAGAUGAUGUAGAUAUUGAAAAUGGAGGAGCAAAUACUCAAAUUCCGUUAAGAUGGAUGGCUCCCGAAUCAUUGAAAAAACCCAUGAGGUUCUGUUCGAAAACAGAUGUGUGGGCAUACAGUAUUCUUCUUUAUGAAAUUUUUAACAAUGGGAUCAAGCCAUGGGCUGAUGACACCAACUGGCCUCCAAAACAAAUUGCGGGACAUAUAAGAAAGUGUCUUAUGCCUGAUUUACCUCAGAAAAUGCCUAAAGAUAUUAUUGAUUUAGUAAAAACUAUUUGGGUUCUUGAUGCAGAUAGUCGGCCAACAAUGAACGUGAUAUGUAACAAAUUAAUGGAAAUUCGGAGGAAAUAUCCUGCACCGUCGAGUGAUAAGCUAGUCAUCAAUAAGAUCGACGGAGUCCACAGAACUCAAACAACUUUGGAUACGAUUGAUGCUGAGGAUGAGAGCUGCGCAACCCAAGAUUCUAAGUUGAAACGUUUUUUGAUCCGGCAAUUUCAACAAACAUUCAGGCAAAAAACGGAUUCUCAUGAUAAUACAGAAAUGACACAAAAGACUUCAAUCGAAAAAUGA